GUUUUGCUCAGAGAUCAUCAAUGAACAAUAUGGUUGAUGAAAAAUUCCCAUCACACUUUAAAAUCUUCAUAGUUUCGAACUGCUUAGCAUUUAACUGUAUCUGCACGUAAAUGUUUAUUUACCUUCCCACUGAUGGCUGACUACAGACAGCGAAACUCCAAUGGAGCCAGAAAAACGGCAUACGUAUUUUGUUCUUAUGGGACUGCUAAGUUUUCUCUGCAUUUACACCGUGAUUCCACACUCGCGUCUAAUUGACAGCGUGACUUUGUUGUUUGAUCAGCGUUACUACUAUGACAAGGUUUUUCGCGAUACGGAAGUGAAAAACGAUUCUGCUUCAUCGCAGAACAUGAUAGCCGAGAGUUCCACAAACACCGGCGGUGCGUACAAAAAAAUGCUAAUUUGGACAAAGUGGAACAGCGAACAGCUGGCGUAUGACCAGCACAAUCAGCCCGGCUGGUUCAAGAACUGUCCAGAAAGCCGGUGUCUCGCCGUCACGAAUCGCAAUGAGCGGAAGCAAGCCAGUGCGAUCAUCUUUUACAUGCCCGAUUUUAACCCGAAGGACUUACCCCAUCAGUCCGCCAGGAAUCGGUCUGUGUACUAUAUUUUUCAUUUGGACGAAUCACCUGAUACGACGAAGAAGCUGAUGAAUUAUCGCGCUUGGGAUAAUCAUCCGGGUUUCUUCAAUCUGACCAUGUCGUAUCGGUUGGACUCCGACAUAUAUCCGAUUUAUACACCGGAGGAUACACGCCUCGUCAUUUUAAUCAAUCCUUAACCGACCCACUGUGGUAUGCCUCCAAGCGUGACAUCCUGUGGCUGGUAUCCCAUUGCGACACGGCCAGUAAGCGGGAGGAUUAUGCUGCUGAACUGGGAAAAUAUGUCAGCAUCGACAAAUUAGGCAAA